GAGGACGAGCUGCUGGCGCGGGCCGUGGCGCGGGAGGGGGAGGGCCAGUGGCGCACGCUGCCGCGGCGCGCGGGCCUGCUGCGCUGCGGAAAGAGCUGCCGCCUCCGCUGGAUGAACUACCUCAGGCCGGACAUCAAGCGCGGGCCCAUCGCCGCCGACGAGGAGGACCUCAUCGUCCGCCUCCACCGCCUGCUCGGCAACCGGUGGUCGCUGAUCGCCGGCCGGCUGCCGGGGCGCACGGACAACGAGAUCAAAAACUACUGGAACUCCCACCUCAGCAAGAAGCUCAUCAAGCGGGGCAUCGAUCCGCGGACGCACAUGCCGCUGGCCGCAGCGGCUGCUAGUGCUACCUCCCACUCCAACCGCGACCCAGUAGCAGCAGCUGCUGCUCCCGACAAGACCCCACCGCCGCUGCCGGUGCUGGAGCCUCCGGUGGUGGCGCCGCCGCCGCCGCUGACAGAGCAGCCGAGCUCCUCGUCCGGCGCCGGCGUUGGAGGCGGCGACUUCCCCGCCAUGACGGGCCUCGGCGCUGAGGUCUUCGAAGGAUUGGGCGAUCCGUUCUGCGCCCUGGACGCCGCAGGCCGUGGCGGCUUCGACAUUGGCUGCCCCAUGAUCGACGACGGCACCUUCUAUUCGUUCCUGGACUCGUUGGUCAGCGAGAACCAAUUGGCCGAUUACUUCGGCGAUCACAAGGAGACUGGUGGUGGCAACGAUCAGGCUGGAACUUAGCUGAUAGUACACGGUUAUACAGUAACUUCAUCUGCAUUUUAGUCCUCAACUGUUCAGUGCAUUUGGCUAAUCAUGCAUGAGCAGCUAUGCAUGUAUACAAGUACUGCUUCUCUUA